AUGGAUGCCAGGAGUGAUACCUCUUCUCCUGACCCGCUAGGAUAUCCCGGAAAUCCUGAUUACAUCCUCUCCUCUGCUACAAAACCCUUUUUUCGACGCCAGAGCACUUUUUCACCGCGGAAAUCCCGGUCUCCUACCAGGCGUCAAUCGCCUAUCAAAUUAGAUCCCAGAAGCGCGCAAUCUAUCAAAUUUCAAGAUAUAAUCCUCCCUUCCACUCCAUCGGGUCGUUUCAUUGGCAAGCAUAGGCUAUCCCCAACUAAGAAAGCAACUCUUCAUUCUGUUAAUAACGCAAGCCCCUGGAGAAUCCGAGUGACUGUCGAGGCGAAACAAGAUGAAGAAAACGAAAAUGUCCUAGGCAGUGUGCGGUCGGGCGCAAGAUCUGGGAGAAGCGGAAGAACGACCAAGGUACCUCUGAAGGAUGAAAAUGAUUCUCUGGAGCCAAGUCCCAAAAAACAGCGUACAGGCAAAUCGAAUGUGUCUCAGCGAGUCCCAACGCCUAGAAAAAGAAGAAGCAGAAUUGAAGCCCCGUCAGGCAACACUGAUACUGGUGAAAAGAAAACGAGAGGGAGACCACGGAAAAAUCUGCCUUCUGUUGAAGAAGGUCCCUCGCCGAACAAAUUCACCUUUGCCGAUUCCGUCCGAAAGAAGAUGGCUGAAGCAGAUCCAUUUUUCGGCAUAGCGGUGAUGGAUAACGGUACCAACGAUAAUGUGGUCGAUAACAUACCUCCCGAUAUCUCUAACUCAUAUUCAGAGUCUGAGUUCUCCGAUUCAAUCGGUGAUGAUAGAUCAUCUCCCACCCCGAAUGAAAACAGCAGGUCAAAAAUAACUGAUUUGCUAUCUAUAAAGAUGAGCCCGAUCCCCAAUCAUCACAGGGGCUUUUCUCCCUCCCAAGUUUCUUCCCGAAUUCCAACCGGCCUCUCACCCGAAAACACAAUCGAUGCGGGGCAUACGCCAGGUCCUCAAUUAAGAGAAUACCCUACUCCUACUUCGUCUUCUAUAUUGGAAGAAGGUGAAGGUGCUGGAGAAAACCUGACGUAUUAUUCUUCAGGUGCUGAACACACAAAGAGCGAACCAGUUCUCCAACCUUUAAGUGACCCAACAACACAUCAUCGAGAAUUUGACUCCAUUUUGGAAAGUGAAGGUUUUAGCAUGGUAUCCCUUAAUACGCUACCAUCAGCAAGACAACAUUUAAACAAUUCAUUUCGAAGUUCUGUGAGUCAAGAUAUGGUUAACAGCAUGAAAAUGGGGCCCAAAAAGGUGGAUCUAAGGGCAUCGAAGUCCGAAACUACGGACGUCAAGUUAUCAAUGUCUGGCGAACGUAUGGUUACGAACGGACAUGUAUUUUAUUCUGAUCAACCCCAUUCAACGUCCCAAUUAGUGCAACAGGCGAAGAAAAGCCCACUUGAACUCGAGCAAACACCAGGAGUGAGAUUUUCAUCACCGCGCCAACCCACUGCUCCGGCCAUACAAUCCGCCCAGCCUCUACGGAAGAGACGACUUGUAAAACUAGUAAGGGUAGUCAGAGCAGGAAUUGCGCUUCAGGGUGUUCUUGAUCGACGGAGAAGGAAUUCGAGAUUACAAACUCCUUUUUCAAGCCCAAGUCAACACAAAAUUGAGGAUCCCGAGGCUGUAAGACAGCGGGUCGAGGCCCUCUUUCAAGGGCUGGGAGCUGAAACUGAAAGAGAAUUACGUGCUGGCCUUCGAUUUGGAGAAGAGCUUGCGAAGCACCUUCGAGAAUCUAAAAAUAUAAGAAGGCAACAAGAACGAGAACGAACAACUGAAAAACACAGGAACUCAAAUGCCUUUGAAGCUGGUGGAAGCAAUGACGUGGGUUAUCCAAACAUUGGCAGCUCCCGGAGUCAAGGUGUAUCUCCAUCUCCAGCAAAGAGCCACACAAACAGCGAACUUGGUGUGAAGGUUGCACAACUUGCCACUACUCCUGGCGAUAAGAAUCAGUCGCCCCCACAAUCUAUUAGCUCAGAAAUGGCGAGACGCGAAGCAGAGUGGCAGCUUGAAAGAGAAGCCGUUAGUCGUCAAAUUCAACAAGCGAAUUCAAGUCAGGUAAUUGUCAUUGACAGUGACGACGAAAGUCCUGAAAAGUCUCCUGCAGUAAUCGAAGAGCCGAAAGAGCGCUAUGAAAAUGACUCGAUAGACCAGGAAGACUACGAAGAUAUUUGGCAACAAGAAGCUCGCGAUGCUGACAGCCAUUCAGAACCAGAGUCACUCCUUGAACUUAGUCGAGAGGAAAUUAUCAAACCACCUCGGUGGCUACUUCCAAGCCCCUGGAAACAGCGUCAAGAUGCCGAGCUUAGCCAGGACGAAGACACAACACCUCAAUUCGAGCCAUACUGGAAAGCCCGUCACAAUGGCUAUCCCAUAUUACCCAGCGGGAAAACUCAAACGGCAAGAUUCAGGGAGCAAAGCAACGAGAUUUCAUCUUUAAUGGGGAGCCCCGGGAGCUCCACGAGGAGAUUUUACGAGGAGAAUAAUAAAUCUCCUGAAAGUGUGGGCACCCCGCACGAACAGCCUUUCAAAGAGCGACAAGCACGAGAAACCGUCUCCAGCCCUAUCACUUCUGCCCCCGGCAGACGAACCGAAACAUCCUAUUCUGAAGGGCAACAAUCUGAUGCUGGAACCAGUGAUCUGCAUUGGGUACCGUCCCCCAAAGACUACAAGAUUGAUACUGGACACAUAAACCUGGAUGAUGUGGAUACACAUCCCAACCAACCAAUGCACAGCGACCUUUCGUAUACAGAAGUCCUGUCUGCUUCGGUUAAUUCACCGAGAAACGAUCCAGAAGAAGAGGCGCCAGAGGAAGCGGAGGAGGAAAUGCACCCCGAAUCAGGAUCACCAACUUCCACUCCUGGCGCGCCCCAAUAUGAUCAGGUUGAUCCUAACCAUUCUGCUAUUCAGCCAGAGACCCCUCCAGGGACCAAAGAGGCAGCUCCUCCCUCUUCGUGGUUCCACAAAUUGACAGAUCUGGCGCCAAAGUGGCUGACACCGUCAUCUCGGAAAACUGAAAGAAGAAAUCAUGAACCCGUUAACAAAUACGCUCCUGUAACUCAUAAUUUCUCUGUCCAACUGUCUCCAAAUGAAGAAUCGCCGCUUCGGGAAUCACCGGUCCAAACGUCACCAGCUAGCGAACCCUCAGUUCAAGAACCUCUUGUUCAUCGGCGUCUUCAAGAGCACAUCAAGAAAUCAACAGUCGAUGUGGGAACCCAGUUCUCUUCCCCCCGAAAAACGGAGCCCAAACCGCAAAUGAAAAGACAACCUUCAUAUCGAAAGGCAUUGGCGAUCUCUGGCUAUUUCACAAAUGAUCACUACGUUGCUCUUCGUCACCUCUACCAUCAGGCCAAACAAUUUCCAGAUUCCUUUCCCUAUAUUGAGACCCCAGAGCGAAAUGAAAUGCUCGGUAAGCGAAUGUAUUCUGCUGAUGGUGCAUACAGCCGCCAGAUUACAGAGGCCCAGAUUGCGAUUGUGGAUAAGUUCCGGCGGAACUUAGUCAUUGGGAGCAGGAGGCGUGGUGGGACCGGGAGGAUCGAAUGGAGCGAGGAAGAGUUGUUGAGGAGACUUUUCAGUAUCAUUGUAGGUGAGCAUGUGAGGAGGGAACGGAAACGCGACCUUCAACGUCAACUUGCGAAUUGA